AUGGAGGCCAAGGUCCGCCAGAGCCGGCGCUCGCGCGCGCAGCGAGACCGGGGCCGGCGCCGGGAGGCGGCCCGCGACGCCCGCGACCAGAGCGCCUCGUCGGGCGACGAGCCCGAGCCCGGGCCCGGCAAGGAGAAUGCGGGCCUGCCCCGCGCGCCCCCGCCCCGCGCCGCCGCCGCGCGCCCCCCGCGCCGCCGCCGCCGCGAGUCCAGCUCUCAGGAGGAGGAGGUCAUCGACGGCUUCGCCAUCGCCAGCUUCAGCACGCUGGAGGCCUUGGAGAAGGACAUGGCCCUGAAACCACACGAGCGGAAGGAGAAAUGGGAGCGUCGCCUUGUCAAGAAACCGCGAGAGUCAGAAAGCUGCCCGUCUGCAGAGCCCAGUGAGAACGGCCGGCCCCUGGAAGCGGGCAGCCCGGAGCAGGGCCUGGAGCCCGCCUGCGACCGAGGGAAGAAGGUCCCCCUGCAGCCCGCCAAGCAGGUGUGCUCCCCCGAAGGGGGGCCGCUCCCAGCCAACCCCUGGGACCAGACCGGCCCGGCCCAGCGCCCGCAGCAGCUCCAGCCCAGCCAGCCCCCGGGGUCACUCCCAGCCCCGUGUCAGCGCUGCCAGCCCAGCCGGGCUCUCCCGGACCCCGGGCAGCCCUGCCAGCCCCAGCAGCCACUCCCGGGUCAGCGCAGCUGGCCCCAGCGGUCACUUCUGGGCUCAGGUCAGCCCUGCCGGCCCCGGCGGUCACUUCUGGGCCCAGGUCAGCCCUGCCAGCCCCAGCGGCUGCUUCCAGCCCCAGGUCAGCGCAGUCGGCCCCGGCGGUCACUCCUGGCUCAGCCCUCCAGGCCGCAGUGGUCACCCCCAGGUCCCAGGCAGCGCUGCCGUCCCCUGUGCUCCCUCCCGGCGCCCUGCCACCUCCGCCACCCCCUGUGCCCCCUCCCGGCGCCCUGCCCCCUCUCGUGCCCCCUGCACUCCCUGCUGGCCCUCUGGCACCGCUGCUGGCCCGUGUGGUCAUGGGCAGCCCCGGGUCUGCGCAGCCAGCCCAGCCGGGCAGCCUCAGGACAGCCGUGCGGGCCCCUCCAGUCCCUGCUGGCCCACUGCCCACGCUGCCAGCCCCCCCAGUCGCCCCUCGUGCUGUGCCCGCACCACCGGCCCAGCAGCGCCAUCUCAGGCCAGUGCUGCCGCCCCCGGCGGGCGCUCCUCGCCCUGAGCCAGCCCCGAAGGUCCCUCCUGGGUCAGCCCAGUCACCCCCGGCGGUCCCUGCUGGGCCUCCGUCAGUCCCAGCAAUUAGUUGAAGCCCCAGAAAAGCACGCCCCCAACCAGCCUUCACUGCUGGGCCCCAGACAGUCCAGCCAGCAGAAGCAGCCACUCCUGGGCCCGGAACAGUCUCACCCACCCAAACGGCCACUCCUGGGCCCAGAACAGAACUGUCGACGAAAGCGGCCCCUCCUGUGCCCCAAACAGUCCUGCCAGCCCCCAAAGUCGCUUCUGGGCCCGAACCCCUGCAAGCCCCAGCCACUGCUCCCCAUCCCCAAGCGCCCUUCGCUCCUGGGAGAGCCCGCCCCACCCCGCCGGCCACUCCUGGGCCCUCUGAGCAGGCCUCGGCGGUCCCUGCUGGACCUGGGUCAGGGCCGUCAGCCCCAGUUCUCACUCCUGGCCCUGCGCCGUCCCUGCUGGCCCCUGAGGCCUCGACGGACUCGAUCCUCCACACCCUCUGUGGCCCGCCAGGCCCCGUAUGUGAGCCCCGGAGCCUGAUGCCCGCUUCUCAGACCACCCUCCUGUGGCUGCCCGGGCAGGGCCGGCUGCCUCGCCAGACGGGCUGGAGGUCUUCCCCAGAAGGCCGGGCUGUGCAGCUGGGCCCGGCUCGGCGGAGGUGGGAGCCUGGGCAGGGCCCCACCAGCCCAGGUCUGCCUGC